UUCUACUUAAAGCCUUAAAGCCUAAAGGUAUGAAUCAACUACUCCUCCUCAAUUUUGAACCUUAAUUAAAAACCCUAAUCCCACAUUUCUUCUAAUCCCACCCCCAAAAAAUGGAAGAAAUCGAGCACAAAUCCCUAACCCUCAACGGGCUGAACAUGCACGUGGCGGAAGCGGGCCAGGGCCCGACCAUCCUCUUCCUCCACGGCUUCCCGGAAUGCUGGUACACGUGGCGCCACCAGCUGCCCUUCUUCGCCGCCCUCGGCUACCGCGCCGUGGCCCCCGACCUCCGCGGCUACGCCGACACCACCGGCGCGCCGGCCAGCGACCCCGCCGAGUUCACCACGCUGCACGUGGUCGGCGACCUGGUGGCGCUCAUCGACGCGGUGGCGCCGCCGGGGGAGAAGGUGUUCGUCGUGGGCCACGAUUGGGGCGCGAUUAUCGCCUGGGCCCUCUGCCUGUACCGGCCCGAUAAGGUCCGGGCCUUGGUCAACAUGAGCGUCGCUUUCAGCCGCCGAAACCCGGUUAAGAAGCCCAUUGAGACGCUGCGCAGCUUUUAUGGAGAUGAUUAUUAUAUUAUCAGAUUUCAGGAACCAGGGCAGAUUGAACAUGAAUUUGCCCAAAUAGGAACAAAAAAUGUCUUGAAAAACAUCCUAACAUACCGAAAACCGGAGCCACUUCACCUUCCUAAGGGCAAGGCGUUCCCGGAUGCUCCGAUCACUUUACCCGCAUGGCUCUCCGAGGAAGAUGUUGAUUACUAUGCUAGCAAAUACGACGCUGCCGGCUUCACCGGAGCUCUGAACUACUACCGAGCCCUCGACAUAAAUUGGGAGCUAACGGCGCCAUGGAGGGGAGCGAAAAUCCAAGUGCCGGUGAAAUUCCUGGUCGGAGAUCUUGACCUGACCUACCAUGCUCCGGGCGCCAAGGACUACAUUAACAAAGGGGGGUUGAAGCAGGAUUGCCCUUUGUUGAAGGAGGUUGUGGUGAUGGAAGGUGUUGGCCAUUUUCUCCAUGAAGAGAAGUGUGAUGAAGUUAAUCAACAUAUUCUUUCCUUCUUCAAGGCCUUAUCAUCUUCUUCCUUCUGCUCUGCAUUGUGAGGGUCUCUUUGUGUGGAUAUAUGUUGUGUGUAAAAUUCUACUAGUAUGUGACUUUUAAUUAAGUUUUAUGUGUGCAUAUGUUGUGUACGUGUGGAGAAAAGGGGUGAGAUUUUAAUAAAUUAUGUUAUCUUGAGGACC